AAUAAAUCAAGACAGCGCUGUCACUAGAGGGCAGCCCACACGCCUGUCAAAGUCAAAUGUCAAAAUUGCGUCAAAAUGUCUACUUGCUCGGAGCCCCCAUAUAAACAAAUAGCACACAGGUACAUUUCUACAAUGGUUGUGUCCAACCGACUCCCUUCCAAUAAACGCCACCCUUCGAAAUCGCUUUCCUGAAGCCACAGUCGCUAAAAUGACGAAACGUCGCUGCUCUCAACGCCUGAAAGAGCAAGAACACAAAAAAGCACAACGUACAAAAACCCACGUCAAACGCGAACCCCCCAACUACUUCUUCAUUACCGAUUUCCACAGAUGCCACCUGUGCCACUACCGAACAAACUCCUCCUACUUCAUCUGUCGUCACUACGAGCGCCACCAACACAAGAACCCCACGUUCAGCUGCAUGAAGGACCUCCCCAAGUACAAAUGCGACAAAUGCGACCUCAACACCGACUGCUCCAUAGAGUUAAAAAAUCACCAGUGCUACAGCUUCAGCAAAAAGACAACGAAAUGCUACACAUGUGAAAAGUGUGACUUUCGAACUCACUCUCGACUUGUAUUAUUGAAGCACGCGCUGUUUCAGUGCGCGGAAAAACACACCAAGUUAAUACCGAGACAGAAGGACUAUUUUAAAUCGUAUCAAUUCUUGCUGCAGAUUCGACACAGUAAUGUCGAGUGGUUGAAGUGCGAGCAGUGUUCGUACAUGGCGAGACUCGAGGGGGCGCUGGGGAGCCACAUGGUAACAGACCAUUCCAGGCAGUCGAAUCUUAGGUGGUACAACUGCAAAUUGUGCUUGUUCAACGUCGAGCAGAUUUUUUAUCUCCGACAACAUAUUUUAAUUGAGCAUGGGGGGGACGAGGACGGGUUGAGUUAUUGACGCUUGUGAAAUAUUGUAUAGGGUCACGUGUACAUGUAAAUAAAGAAUUUAUUUGAGGUGUA